UUUAUAUGUACUGACCUGUUGUCGCUCAUGUUUUUAUUCUUUAAUUUAAAAGAUUAAUUUCUUGGUAGUCCUGUCUAGGAGGACUAUUCUUUUGUUGUUAGGUUUCUACUUUUUAAGUAUCAUGUUUGCCCUGUGUUGGUCAGAGAGGAACUGGGCCCUUUGUGAUUGUGGGUGUUUUGUAGGAGAUGGCUGUGGGGCUUGGGGAUGGAAGAGUGGCGCCCACUGUGGGCAUGUCACAGGCUGUCACAGAGCAACAGGGUGCAGUGUGAGCAGUGGAGAAGGUGCCCAGAGGGACCCCAUGGGGUUGUGUGCUGCCUGUGGUCCUGGGAGAUGGAGUGAUCGCAUUGGAAGAAAAACAGUCUGGCGUUUGCGGGGAGCAGACAGACUUCUGUGUGAGACCCGUAGGAGACGUGCCAUGGAGGCUUUUGGAAUCCCAGCUCACAGCUGAGGGGACGGUGUGGGGCAUACAGAGAGCCAUGUGCCAAGAGGAAGAGUUGAACCCGGGGGAAAGUGUAAGCCGCGGAAACACAGAGCUUCCCAGACCCACCAGCUUUAUUUCAUAAGGGAUUUGGAGAGUGCUGCCCUCCCGGAGGUUGAGAUCAGAUUGCAGCCUGGCAUGGAGGGAUGAUCAUUUUUCGUGAUGACUCAUCCCUCCUCCGUGCCGUGCUGCCAGGCUGUCUGGCGACCCUGCGUGCAGAGACAGUGAUGGAUCUGGAGAGCCGUUGUUGCUGGUCCGUGGUGGCCGGGGAUGGCAUGUCAGAUGGAGAAGAAUUUCCUCUGUGUGCACAUUUAGACAGGUCGGUGGGCUCCACGACAAAAGUCAACCCUUCUGUAAAUCACCUGCUGUGGUUAUGAUGCUCUGAGUUCAAUACGUCUGAACCUUUGCUGUCUAUGGAUCUGCUCUAAACCUUAUAGCCUGCUUAUGGGGGAAGGUGACGCCUUCUGGGCCCCAUCUGUCCUUCCUCACAGCACCCUCAGCGCCUUAAGCCACCACCCCCAGCCACAAUUUGGCAGAAGGAUGGAGUCCAAGGUCUCAGAAGGUGGCCUGAACGUGACCCUUACCAUCCGCCUGCUGAUGCAUGGAAAGGAAGUUGGAAGCAUCAUUGGGAAGAAAGGAGAAACUGUGAAGAAGAUGCGUGAGGAGAGUGGUGCGAGGAUCAACAUCUCAGAGGGAAACUGCCCAGAGAGGAUUGUGACCAUCACAGGCCCCACAGACGCCAUCUUCAAGGCCUUUGCCAUGAUCGCAUACAAGUUUGAGGAGGAUAUCAUCAACUCCAUGAGCAACAGCCCUGCCACCAGCAAGCCCCCAGUGACGCUGAGGCUGGUGGUGCCUGCCAGCCAGUGCGGGUCCCUGAUCGGCAAAGGAGGCUCCAAGAUCAAGGAGAUCAGGGAGUCCACAGGUGCCCAGGUGCAGGUGGCCGGGGACAUGCUGCCCAACUCCACGGAGCGGGCAGUGACCAUCUCGGGGACCCCAGAUGCCAUCAUCCAGUGUGUCAAGCAGAUCUGUGUGGUCAUGCUGGAGUCCCCACCGAAAGGUGCCACCAUUCCCUACCGCCCAAAGCCCGCCUCCACCCCUGUCAUUUUUGCAGGUGGUCAGGUAAGAGCCGAUCCGCUCGCGGCCUCCACUGCCAACCUCAGCCUUUUACUGCAGCACCCGCCGCUGCCCGCCUACACAAUCCAGGGACAGUAUGCCAUCCCUCACCCGGAUCAGUUGACCAAGCUCCACCAGUUGGCCAUGCAGCAAACCCCCUUUCCUCCCCUCGGACAGACCAACCCCGCUUUCCCCGGAGAAAAGCUGCCUUUACACUCCUCCGAAGAAGCUCAAAAUCUGAUGGGCCAGUCAUCAGGUCUGGACGCCAGCCCACCGGCCAGCACUCAUGAGCUCACCAUUCCCAAUGAUCUAAUAGGCUGCAUAAUUGGACGCCAAGGGACCAAAAUCAAUGAAAUUCGACAGAUGUCUGGAGCUCAGAUCAAAAUCGCCAACGCCACUGAAGGGUCAUCAGAGCGUCAGAUCACCAUCACGGGGACCCCGGCCAACAUCAGCCUUGCCCAGUAUCUCAUCAACGCCAGGCUGACGUCCGAGGUCACCGGGAUGGGCACGCUCUAAUCCUACCCAGCACCCUCCCCCGACGUCACCCACCUGCCAGAUCCCAAGGCCCCGGCUCGCACUCUGUACAGCCCACCUUCCCUGUUCCCUGCCUCACAGAUACCAAUCGAGAGGCUUUCUUAAUUAACAAAAGGACGUAUGCCAUGGAGAAACACACCCGUGCACACAGCCACUCUCCACAGAGGCUGCAGGCUCCGCUGAGCCCCCCUUCAGUGUUAUUUAUGACUUACAACGCUCCAGUCUGCCCAUGCACCGGCAUGCAGUGUUCAUUAUUUUAGAAAUAUUGUUCCUUGGUGUCAGCGUAGCUGUCUGUCUUAGGAGCUGGGUCGGCGUUCCGACAGCACUUCCUGUCUACUAUUCUCCUCCGCCAUCCAGAACUGUCCAGAACUGUUGCCUGAGACCCCUCCUGUCUCACACAACCCUGCUGUGCUGACUCAGUUUCCCUUCAGAGCCAGUGCCAUCUGGGCUCGAGUUUCUCUCCCAGGUUGUGUGCUGGAAUCAGAGGUGGCUCUCCUGCCACCCACGGGGAGCACCACCCACGGGGAGCACCAGGAGAGGAGGGUUGUGGAGGAUGUUGGGGCUCUGACCUCAAGAGUGGGGUGGAGGGCGGAGCCUGCUGGGGGCCCUGCCUCCACAGAGAUGCCGCGUGCUGGGAAGGCAUCGGGGUCCCCUGAGCGUCUUCCAGGGUGGCUGGAGAGCACAGACGCGCCAGGGAGCCCCUCUGUGCUCCUCAGAGUUCAAUAAAUGUCGUGGCCCCUCCUCA